AUGACCGAAGACGAGGAGGACUGGGAGGACUAUGUCAAGGGCGGCUACCACCCCGUCAAAAUCGGUGAUACCUUCUCGGAUGGCAGAUAUGUUGUAGUAAGGAAGCUCGGAUGGGGUCAUUUCUCCACCGUCUGGCUUGCAAAGGAUCAAAAAAUGAAUCGCCAUGUCGCGCUCAAAGUCGUCAAAUCCGCUCCACGCUACACAGAAACCGCGCUCGACGAGAUCAAAUUGCUCCAGCGCCUCAUUACCUCCUCAACACCACCCAUCGCGCCAUCACCCUCCAAUCCAAAUCCACCGCCGUCACCAGCGCACACCCACCCGGGGCGAUCGCACGUCAUCUCCUUCCUCGACCACUUUAGACACAAAGGUCCGAACGGGAUCCAUGUGUGCAUGGUGUUCGAGGUGCUGGGGGAGAACCUGCUGGGCCUGAUCAAGAGGCAUCAGAACAAGGGUGUACCCAUGCCGCUCGUCAAGCAGAUUGCGAAGCAGAUUUUGCUCGGCCUGGAUUAUAUGCAUCGGUGCUGUGGUGUUAUACAUACUGACCUCAAACCUGAAAACGUGCUCAUCUGUAUCGACGACGUGGAAUCGAUUAUUUCCUCCGAACUCGCCGCGUCCGCGUCACGGCCCUCAUCCGUGCCCUCUUCAUCGAACAUGCCUUCAUCUGCACCCACCAACGUUCCCACUGGGGGUGCACCGACCAAGAUCGUCGGCGUCCCGCCGUCCAAGGGGCGCGGUGGUAACCAGACGCCGCGCUCAGAGAGCAUAUUCAUCACGGGCUCGCAGCCGCUUCCGAGUCCAAGUUCGAGCUUGAGCUUCGGGAGCAGUCCGAUGCUGGACAAGUGGGCGUUCGGGAUGAGCAAGAUUGAGAGUUCUGCUGACAAGGCAGACGAUGAAAAGGGGAUCACGAUGAAGAAGAAGGAUAAAGGCAAGGAAGGUGAAGUCGAUCUGGCGAAUGAGGUCAGCCAGGUCUCGCUCGACACGCGUGCGGGGUAUGUGGGACGCAGCGCGCCUGGGUCGGGUGCGCCGACUGCUGCGGGUGCUCCAGGACCGUCGUUGUUGUCUCAGCUAGCGCCGUCAGCGUCCUCUACCAUGCCUGUGCCUGUGCCUUCGAAAGGGACAUCAGCGUCUGGACGGGAUGUCGCUGGGUCGGAGAUGAGUAUUACAGAGGAUGGACUGGGAAUGGGGUUGGAUGACGAGGAGCGCGCCGCCGCGCUAAGAGAGGGCCUUGCGGGGAUGGAAAGGAUCACUGUUAAGAUUGCUGAUUUGGGGAAUGUCACACAUGCUGAUGCCAAUCGUAUUCGAAUAGCAACAUGGAUCGAACACCAUUUCACGGACGACAUCCAGACGCGGCAGUACCGCUGUCCAGAAGUGAUUUUGGGGGCGAAGUGGGGCCCUAGUUCGGAUCUAUGGAGUGUGGCUUGUAUUCUUUUCGAGCUCAUCACGGGCGGUGACUACCUCUUCGACCCUGCGUCGGGCUCACGAUAUAGCAAGGACGAUGACCACAUCGCGCAGAUUAUCGAACUUCUCGGGGAGAUUCCCAAGUCGAUUGCGUUUUCUGGAAAAUACUCUCACGAGUUUUUCAACCGCAAAGGCGAGCUAAGGCAUAUCAAUAAGCUACGGUAUUGGCCGCUCGAGUCGGUUCUGCACGACAAGUACCUGUUUCCGAAAGCUGAGGCGGACGCCCUCGCUGCGUUCCUCACACCCAUGUUGCGUCUGCAUCCCGACAAACGCGCGAAGGCCAGCGAGCUGCGGCACCACAGUUGGCUGGACGGUGUUGUCGUGCAGGGUGAGAUCGAUGUGAUCAGACGGAUGGAGGCGGACGAUGAGGCGAGACGGAAAGCUCAGGCAGAGGCGCAAGAGCAGAAGGAGAAGAGCAGGAGUAGAGAACGUGAGAGGGAGGAUCUGGAUCAGAGCGAAAGGGAUGCGAUGAAGCCUGUGGAUGAGAGUGUGUUGCUCGGAGAGGACGCGCUGGUCGAGGAGGAAGUGCAUGAUCAUCAUUCUCAUGCUCAGAAGGGGUAUCAGCCUCCCGUCCUCGGCGCGCCGCCGCAUUCGUCUGCGGGCGGGAAGGAGAACGCGCACGCGCACCAGUCCGGGAUCGCACGCGCUUUGAAUGCACAUGCGUCUCCUCAGCAGCAGCAACAUAGGACGUCCGGGAGCGGGAGUGGGAGUAAUGGAAGGGAUGUGAGGCAGCCGUCGGGUGGAGGCAGCUCGAAGCGGCGUGUUUGA